CAGAGGACGUCAGCACCACGGGAGCCCGCCAGCCAGCAUGCAGACACCAGCGGCCCGUGGAGCGCUCCUCGUGUUGGCCGCCGUCGUGGCGGCCGCCGUGGCGCAGAAGGACCCAUACUGGCUGCCCGGCAGGACGGCCAUGGUGCACCUGUUCGAGUGGAAAUGGGCCGACAUCGCCGCCGAGUGCGAGAACUUCCUCGGCCCCAAGGGCUUCGGUGGUGUGCAGGUGUCGCCGCCUACGGAGAACCUGGCCAUCACGCAGCGCAACCGCCCCUGGUGGGAGAGGUACCAGCCCGUCUCCUACAACCUGGUCACGCGCUCCGGAGACGAGGCCGCUUUCGCCGACAUGGUGAAGCGCUGCAAUGACGUGGGUGUCAGGAUCUACGCUGACGUCAUCCUGAACCACAUGACGGGUACCUGGGACGGAGAGGUGGGCACUGGGGGGUCCAUACCCGACACCGCUGCCUACAGCUACCCAGACGUUCCCUACACCAAGGACAACUUCCACCCCUACUGCCUCGUCAACAACUACCAGGACGCCAACAACAUAAGGGACUGCGAGCUCGUGGAGCUGCACGACCUGGACCAGUCGCAGGAGUUCGUGCGCCAGAAGCUGUCCGAGUACCUCAACCACUUGGUGGAGCUCGGUGUCGCCGGCUUCAGGGUGGACUCUGCCAAACACAUGACGCCCUCGGAGCUGAAACUCAUCUACGACGCUGUCAGCGAUCUCAACACUGACUUCGGCUUCCCCGAGGGCAGCCGCCCCUUUAUCUUCCAGGAGGUCAUCGACUUCGGUAACGAGGCAGUGUCCGAGUCGGAGUACACUGACAUGGGCCGUGUCAUCGAGUUCCGCUACAGCUCAGAGAUCGGCAGAGGAUUCCGCCAGAACAACCCGCUCAAGUGGUUCUACAACUUCGGUGAAGCCUGGGCUAUGGAGUCCGACGAGAACGUCGUCGUCUUCGUGGACAACCACGACAACCAGAGAGGACACGGAGCUGGAGGUGACCAGAUCCUGACCUACAAGGUGCCGCGCCAGUACAAGAUGGCGGUCGCCUUUAUGCUGGCGUGGCCCUUCGGCGCACCUCGUCUCAUGUCCAGCUUUGCCUUCACGGACACCGAAGCUGGACCACCCAUGGACGAAAACCAGAACACCAUCUCGCCCACUUUCAACGAGGACGGCUCGUGUGACGAAAACUGGGUGUGCGAGCACCGCUGGCGACCCAUCUACAAUAUGCUCACCUUCAGGAUCGCCACCGAGGGAACCAACGCCACGAACUGGUGGGACAACGACAACAACCAGAUAGCUUUCUGCCGCGAAGACAAGGGAUUCAUCGUCAUCAACGACGACAACGUGGACCUUCAGGAGACGCUGACGACGUGCCUGCCUGCUGGAGACUACUGUGACGUCAUCUCUGGUGAGCCGACAGACACAGGCUGCUCGGGAAAAACCGUCACCGUCAAUAGCGACGGCACGGCCACCUUCGAGAUCCUCACCACGGACGAGGAGGGCACCAUUGCCAUCCACGUGAACGCUAUGUCUGGAUCCGGCGGCCUGACUACAGCUGCGCCCACUGGAUCCACCAGCGACAGCGGCCACACGACGGACCCCUGCGGCUGCGAGUCGACCACCGAGGUCACCACCACGACCACCACGGAGAACCCGUGCCGCUAACCAGACACCCCUGUGUUGCUCCACCUUGCAUAAACCAUUGAUCACUGUGAACUGUAUCAUUUACUAGCCUGUGCACAAUAAAGUCUAGUUUUUACUGCAUUGAAA